UGUAGAUGAUUAAUUAUAAAUAAAUCGAAAAAGCGAUUUAACUUAAUUCAAAAUUUGAAAACCAAACGUUCCCGAUUUUCAUCAUCUGCGUCCACCAUCGCCCCUGCAGCUGGCAGCAUCGGGGAAUGUAAAUAGCCAACGUCACACCCACUUUUCGUUCUAACGUGUCAGUCGGCAUCAAUCAUCGUCUUCUCCUUCUCUUAUAAACCCUAAUUUCUGGUGCAGUCGCACACAUCCUCGAAACCAUCUGUGUUCGAUUUUCAGGUUUCGCUACAAUGUCUCUGUUAAGUAGGUUCUUCUACAAGAGACCACCAGAUGGGUUGCUUGAGUUUGCUGAUAGAGUUUAUGUUUUCGAUUCUUGUUUUUGCACGGAAGUGUUGCCGGAUGACUUAUACCAAAUCUUCCUUCACGAAGUCAUCAAUGACUUACAUGAAGACUUUCCCGAAUCAUCUUUUCUAGCAUUCAAUUUCCGACAAGGGGAGAAAAAGAAAAGAAGCGUCUUUGCUGAAACCCUCUGUGAAUACGAUGUUACCGUCCUUGAGUAUCCAAGGCACUAUGAAGGCUGCCCUUUGCUUCCUUUAUCACUGAUCCAGCAUUUUCUCCGUGUCUGUGAGAGCUGGCUUUCUCGUGGGAGCCGUCAGGAUGUUAUUCUUCUUCACUGUGAAAGAGGAGCCUGGCCUCUUCUGGCUUUUGUCCUUGCUAGUUUCUUGAUUUUCAGGAAAGUUCACAGCGGCGAGCGAAGGUGUCUUGAGAUUGUGCUUCGUGAGGCUCCCAAGGGUCUCUUGCAGCUGCUCUCGCCCUUAAAUCCUUUCCCGUCUCAACUUCGUUAUCUUGAGUAUGUAGCGAGGAGGAACUUGAAUCCUCAGUGGCCACCUCCUGAAAGAGCGCUUUCUUUGGAUUGUGUGAUUAUUCGAGGUAUUCCAAUUUUUGACUCCCAAUAUGGAUGCAGACCUAUUAUACGUAUCUUUGGAAGAAGCUUUAGUAGCACAACUGGUCUUUCCACGGAGAUGCUCUAUUCUAUGUCCAAUAUAGAUAAACCCCUCCGGCUUUACCGACAGGCAGAAUGUGAGGUGAUCAAAAUUGACAUCCAGUGCUGGGUGCAAGGAGAUGUUGUACUGGAGUGUGUGCAUAUGGAUUUAGAACCAGAACGAGAGGUUAUGAUGUUUCGUGUGAUGUUCAAUACUGCAUUUAUCAGGUCCAACAUACUAAUUCUGAACCCUGACAACUUGGAUAUUCUUUGGGAGGCCAAGAAUCAUUAUCCAAAAGGGUUUCGAGCAGAGGUUUUGUUUGGAGAAGUUGAGAAUGCUUCGCCUCAGAAAGUUCCAACCCCAAUAGUAAAUGGUAAUGAGAUUGGUGGCUUGCCCAUAGAAGCCUUUUCUAAAGUUCAAGAACUUUUUAGUGGUGUGGAUUUGGCUGAAAAUGGAGACGAUGCUGCUUUUUGGUUGCUGAAACAACUUGCUGCCAUAAAUGAUGCAAAAGAGUUCCGGCACAAAGGGAGUUAUUAUUUUAAUUCUCCCGACUCUGAAGAGGAGACCAACACAUCUAGUGCCGCGGACAGUUCUGAUGAAGGACUUGAUGCCACUCAUAGACCUCGAGCCUCUCUAUCUUUUGAUAAUGAUGAGACAGAAGACAUUUCUACAUCGUUGGCUCCUGAAUCUUCAGAGGAACCUCAUGUAUUCCCUCGUCGUCAACAGCAAGAAGUUUCAGCGAAGCAAAGUGUCCACCCUUCGACUCUUCCACCUUCUGUCACACUUUUGCCUCCACCGCCACCGCCCCCUCCAUUUCCCGUAAACAAAGUUACAAGCAUAGGCUCGUUGUCAUCCCAACCCCCACCUCCGCCGCCACCUCUCCCUAGUUUCAGCAGUAGAGAUCCUCUGACAACAUCGCACCAGCCUUUCAACAAAACCCCACCACCUCCUCUACCUUACUGUAGCAGCAUUUCUCCACUUUCAGUUCCACCUCCACCACCAUCCCCACCCCCACCCCCACCACCUUCGUUUGGGAGCACAGGAAAUAAACUUCAGGCGCAGCCACCUCCUCCUCCUCCGAUCCAUGCAUCUUUGACUAAAUGUGCACCCCCACCCCCACAGCCACCUACAUCUCAUUCUGGUCUUGCUCGUGUUGGCCCAUCUUCUGCACCCCCACCACCUCCACCUCCGCCUCCUAAGGCUAAUAUUUCAAAUGCCCACAUGCCACCUCCUCCACCACCUCCACUUCCUCCUUCAUCUGCAAAGUUGGGGCCGCCCCCUCCACCCCCACCACAUCCUCCUUCAUCUGUAAAGUUGGGUGCUCCCCCUCCGCCUCCACCACCACCACCACUUCCUCCUUCAUCUGCAAAGUUGGAUGCUCCCCCUCCGCCUCCUCCACCACCACGUCCUCCUUCAUCUGCAAAGUUGGGUGCUCCCCUUCCGCCUCCUCCACCACCACUUCCUCCUUCAUCUGCAAAGUUGGGUGCGCCCCCUCCGCCUCCACCACCACCACGUCCUCCUUCAUCUGCAAAGUUGGGUGCUCCCCCUCCGCCUCCACCACCACUACUAUCCAAGACCCUUGCUUCCCCUAGGCCAGCUCUAUCCAAGACCCCUGCUCCCCCUCCUCCGCCAGCUUUGGGUCGUGGGACAAGUAGUGGCCCACCACCACUGGGAGCAAAAGGUUUAAAUGCACCUCCGCCACCUCCUGCUGCAGGAAGGGGCAGAGCUUCCUCGGGACUUGGAAGAGGCCGAGGUGUAAGUGUGCCUACUGCUGCACCUAAGAGAACCGUGCUAAAGCCUUUGCAUUGGUCUAAAGUUACUCGGGCAGCAAUAGGUAGUUUAUGGGCUGAUACUCAGAAACAGGAAAAUCAACCACGUGCCCCUGAAAUAGAUAUAUCAGAGCUCGAGAGUCUUUUUUCUGCAGCUUCAGAUACGACUGCUAAGAAAAGCACAGGUCGCCGUUCGAGUAUCAGCAAACCUGAAAAAGUUCAACUGGUUGACCUGCGAAGAGCAAAUAACUGUGAAAUAAUGCUUACGAAAAUAAAGAUUCCUCUACCAGAUAUGCUUAGCGCAGUUCUAGCCUUAGAUUCGUCAGUUCUGGACAUCGACCAGGUUGAAAAUCUCAUCAAGUUUUGUCCGACGAAGGAAGAAAUGGAAUUGUUGAGGAAUUAUACUGGUGACAAAGAAAUGCUUGGAAAGUGUGAACAGUUUUUCUUGGAACUAAUGAAGGUUCCACGUAUAGAAGCAAAGUUACGAGUGUUUGGCUUCAAGAUUACCUUUGCUUCUCAGGCGGAAGACUUAAAAAGCUGCCUUACUACAAUAAACGCUGCUACUAAAGAGGUGAAGGAGUCUGCAAAGUUGCGUCAGAUUAUGCAAACAAUUUUAACACUGGGAAAUGCUCUAAAUCAGGGAACUGCAAGAGGGUCUGCUGUGGGUUUCAAACUGGAUAGUCUUCUUAAAUUAUCCGACACUCGUGCAAGAAAUAACAAAAUGACUUUGAUGCAUUACUUAUGCAAGCUUGUUGGUGAAAAAAUGCCAGAGUUGCUGGAUUUUGCUAAUGACCUUGUUCACUUGGAAGCUGCCUCGAAGAUUGAAUUGAAAACAUUGGCUGAAGAAAUGCAGGCGGCUGAUAAAGGCCUUAAAAAGGUUGUGCAAGAACUCGUAGCUUCAGAAAACGAUGGUGCAAUUUCUCUGGGUUUCCGGAAGGUAUUGAAGGAGUUUCUUGAUAUCGCUGAAGCAGAAGUGAGGUUGCUUGCUUCCUUAUAUAAAGAAUCUGGAGGAAAUGCAGAUUCCUUGUGCCAGUACUUCGGUGAGGAUCCAGCUCGGUGUCCUUUCGAACAAGUGACCAAGAUUCUGACUCUUUUCAUGAAAACGUUCAUCAAAUCUCGAGAGGAGAAUGAAAAACAGGCCGAGGCUGACAAGAAGAAGCUGGAGAAAGAUGCAACUAAAGAGGCGCCAUUGGCAAACAAAGAUAACGAAUGAUGUUAACCUCCAGAAUCCAUAGACAUGGAACGUUAACAACCCGAGGGUUUCAGACCGAUGAAAGAUUUGUUUUAUAGUACUCGAUGUUGCACAUACCAAACACGAGCAGAGAUCUUUUCCUAGAUCAUAGACAACUUUGAUGAUGGAAGUAUAAACUCUAUAUGAUCAUCACUUCAUUCAUUGAUGUAAUCCGAGCUUCGUGUGUAUGUCCUAGAAAAUAUUUGAAACUUGUAUAUCUUUUUUCAAAGAAUAAUAAUUUUCUUUACAUUCUA